GGAGACAUUUGGUAUUUCCAGGGGAUUUCAGAGAGGGGAAAGAAGAUCCCAUCUAGAUCUUUAGUCAGACUCUAAAGGAGUCUUACCAUGGCCUGGUACCUGCUUUUACUGUCACUUCUCAGCUACUGCUCAGGUGUCACUUCACAACCCAGUUUGACUCAGCCUGCCUCCCAGUCGGUGUCUAUGGGUCAAACUGCUAUACUCUCCUGCUCAAGAAAUGGUGGUACUCUCUGGGCUGAUAUUCACUGGUAUCAACAGAAACCUGGGCAGCCUCCACGUUUUCUGUGGUAUGGAUCCAGCACCCGGGGAGAAGGGGUCCCAGCUCGCUUCACCGGUUCUCGCUCUGGCUCAUUAACUAUCUCUAACAUCGAGGCUGCAGAUGAAGCAGUUUAUUUUUGUUGUGACUUCGAGUUUGGCAGUGACACGUAUGUCUUCGGCAGAGGAACCACAUUGACUGUCCUAGGUCAGCCAACAGUACCUCCAACAGUGAACGUCUUCCCACCAUCCCCAGAAGAAUUGAAGAGCUCAGACAAAGCCACUGUGGUGUGUCUCAUGGAUGGCUUUUACCCAGGCACUGUCCAAGUUACCUGGCAGGCUGAUGGCGCCACCAUCUCCUCUGGGGUGGAGACAACCACGCCCACUAAGCUGAAUGACAAGUAUGCGGCCAGCAGCUACCUCAGCAUGAGAAAGUCCGACUGGGAGAGCUAUGAGACAGUCAUCUGCAAAGUGACGCAUGAAGGGAAGACCGUUGAGAAGGUGGUGAGGAGAUCGGACUGUGCCUAAAGGCUGGGUGGGUCUGAUGAGUUCCUCGUGCCUCCAGAAGCCGAGAAGAAAGAGUCCUUUCAUGUUCAAGGGGGCCAAGUUUAUUCUCUGAUUUCCUCUAAUGCUAUGUUGAUCCAUCAAGUCUGGUUUCCUUCCUAUGUCGUUCCCCUCCCCACACCUCCUCCCUUCCUCUUCUCCCUGGAAUCUCCUUUGUAUGUUGGCUUAUAAUGUUAGCAAAUUAAUAAAAUGUCAUACAUUUCA